CGCUUGGAUACAGUGAAAUGAUGAAAUUUAUUUGGUUUUUAUAUUUUUCCACAUUGGUAACAUUAAUUUCUAGUAAUGAAAGAGAUUAUUUCUAUAGAGAAUUUUAUCCAAGUUCAGAUAGAUAUAAUGAUGAUUAUUCACACGGAAAUUAUGAAGGUUAUAAUGAAUACUCACCGUAUAAUGAUUAUAAUAACGGGAAUGAAUAUAAUCACUAUUCAAAUGAUGGUUAUAACAACUAUGAUUAUAAUUAUGAAGAUUAUUCACACCAUGAAUAUGAUGACAAUAAAGAACCAAGAGGACAUGACGAACACUCUGAUUAUAGAUACCCUCCAAAUCCCCAUGAUCACUAUGAAACUAAUGAAGGAAAUAAUUAUGAUGAUAAAUAUCCUGAUGGUUAUAACAAUCUUGAUUAUUACAAUAAUUACCAUGUUGGAGAUCAUGAUAAUCAUCGAAAUUCAGAUCAUAAUAAUCAUCAAACACAGGGACCUGAUUAUCAUGCUUAUCAAAAACACGAAAGAGAUACGUUCAGAUAUCAGGACUAUGUAUUAAAUCAUUGGAAUAAUCACAAACCAUAUACAGAUUAUGAAUAUCAAUAUUACCGAGUGAAACCAAAUCAUUAUGAUGAGUAUUCGGAUAACGGUGUAGGAAACUAUAAGCCCAGAGGAGAAAAUCCAUCACAACGUACUACUAUGAAACCUGAUAAUGAUGAAUUUAACUUUUGAUACAGAACUUCUUAUAUAACAACAUUAUUUAUUUUUCUCUAAAUUAAUGUAUUAAUAAUAUAAUAUCACAAGAUUAUGUAUCCGUAUUUUAGGUUACUCAAUAAGUUACUGCUAUCCAUCUUUUUAUUAUCCAUAAAGCAUAUAAUAUAUCAUUUGUCUUCUUAAUUGUUUAUCAGUGAGAUGAU